CGCGCGCGGAAAUCCCGGCGGUCACGUGCUCCGCUGCCAUGGCGGCGCUGCGGCUCAGCUCGCGCCUGGCGCUGGUGACAGGCGGUGGCAGUGGGAUAGGGCGCGCUGUGUGCCAGCGUUUUGCGAAGGAGGGAGCCGCGGUGGCAGUGGUGGACAUCAACCAAGGGGCAGCUGAGGAAACCCUGCGGAGCCUGCCCUCCAAUCAGCAGCAGCAGCAGCACUCGCUGUUUGUCACCGACGUGACCUCCUCUGAGCGUGUCCGCAGCCUCAUGGCUGAUAUUCAGGCGCAGUUUUCCCGCCCUCCCUGCAUCGCAGUGAACUGCGCCGGCAUCACCGCAGACGGGCUGCUGCUGAAGAUGGAGAGCGACGCGUUCGACCGGGUUUUGGCGGUCAAUCUGAAGGGUACCUUCCUGGUGACCCAGGCAGUUGCCAGGGCGUUGGUUGCUAGCGGCGCCAAGACAGGUUCCAUUAUCAACGUGGGCAGCAUCGUGGGAAAGGUUGGAAAUUUGGGACAGGCCAAUUACACAGCGUCAAAAGCUGCUGUUGUGGCACUGACGAAGACCAGUGCGAAAGAACUGGCCAGGUUCGGAAUCCGCUGUAACACCGUCCUCCCGGGAUUCAUCGAUACCCCCAUGGCAGCCAAGGUCCCUCAGAAGGUGCUGGACAAGGUGGUACAGUUGGUGCCGAUGGCCCGCCUGGGAGAGCCCUGUGAGGUAGCCAGCGCCUGUACCUUCCUGGCCUCCGACGAGAGCAGCUACAUCACUGGAGCCAGUCUGGAGGUGACAGGAGGACUCUUCAUGUGACUGGCGACAAGGGGCAGGAGGCUGAGGACGACCGGGAAUUCCACUACCGGGCUCUGCAAGGCCCAGGAACGGCUCCCUGGGAUUUGCCUCGCUGUGGCUUCCACCCUGCCUUCCUGUUUCCCCUGGAGCUGCGUCUCCUCCCCAUCCCAGCCACGCUGCCUUCACCCGAGUGCCUGUCAUCAGCAUAGCCCCGCGGGGACCCUGGGUCCUUCCCCCCUCCCCAUCCCUGAACACGGGGGAUCUGGGCAGACGUCCCUCAACAAAGGCUGACUCGGGAGUGCGCCCCUUCCGAAUCACACCAGGGGGCAACAUUGGCCCGACAGGACAGCACCAGCUCACCCUGCUCCCCCCCCGCCAGUGAGACAGCAGUGAGGCUUGGGAACAGGAUAGUAAAAAAUGAGGUCUGCAGAUGCUGGCGAUCACAGCUGCAAAUGUGUUGCUGGUUAAAGCACAGCAGGUCAGGCAGCAUCUCAGGAAUAGGGAAUUCCUGAUGAAGGGCUUAUGCUCGAAACGUCGAAUUCCCUAUUCCUGAGAUGCUGCCUGGCCUGCUGUGCUUUGACCAGCAACACAUUUGCAGUUGGGAACAGGAUGCCAGCCUGGAUUCACAUUGCAGCUUCCUGACCUGAUGCUGAAUAGUUCGAGUGGCAGGGAGGAGCCUGUCAAGAGUAAAAAAUGAGGUCUGCAGAUGCUGGAGAUCACAGCUGCAAAUGUGUUGCUGGUCAAAGCACAGCAGGCCAGGCAGCAUCUCAGGAAUAGGAGCCUGUCAGACUCGACAAAAAAGGCAGAUCGCAACCGAGUUCUUGGGCCUUCUGUAACCCUCGAUCAAUGACCUGCAACAACUCGCUCUAUAAUUACAGACAUUUAUUAUCCAAACACAAUAAAGUCAUCAACAAACUGAAAA